AUGACUCGCUGCGACUACGACGGGGUCUUCUACAGGGCGUUCUGCAUCACCCUGCUCGCCAUCGCGUUCACCUUCACCGUGAUCCUCACCAAUGUCUUCAUUGACAUUGACGGACUACUCUCCAGCAAGGAGAAAGAAAAGUCUCUGAACCACGAACCGACGCAGGCGCAACUGAACAAUGAAGUAUUGUUCCAGCCAGAUGACAACAAGAUCGACCAGAAAACUGACACCUUCUACGACUUCAAGACAGAGAGAGAUGAUGAUGAUGGGAAUUACCACACCCAAAAUUUCCAGUUUCACGUUCGAAAUCCAAAAAUGAAGGAAAUACUCACGCACAAACUGGCCACCUUACUUGAAGAGUUAGAUGCUGAAGAAACGCAAACAAUUAAUAAAAUCGAGAAAACAAAAGAACACGAGCGGUCAAAGAUCUUAGUAGAAGUCGACAAUGUCAAAAUGGAUGAUAAAAAAGAUAAAAUUAAACCUGAAGACGACCUAUUGCACUUAGCAAUGCACAAUAUCCUACUCCAAGGAAUAAUAGGACAUAUGGAUCUUAAUGAUGUUUAUAAGAAAGUACAUCAACUGGUGCAGAAUUUUGAUCUUGAUGGUAAGAAAAAACUGGACUUUAGAAGGAAAGGGGAUGAAGGGAACAAAGAAAAAACCUUACUGAAAAAGAAAGAAGAUGGUUCGAAAGAGAUAAUCGAAAUUCCAAAGAGCCUUUUCUCGAUAGAAAGCAAGUUUUUCGACGAACUUACGAAAUGUGAAGGACUGAAAAAGCAAAUUGCUGCCGAGACUAAUGAGAAAUUGGAACUUCUUGAUACUAGACGCUUCGAUAAUACUAUAAAUGAUAAAGGAUUGGUGAUGAAGAAUCCUGAUGAAUACGAUGUCGUCCACGUCGAGACGUUGGGGAAAGACACUCCACAUAUGCUGAUCAAAACGAUAAUAGACAUAAAGACGUUGAAGAAUGAUCAUAACAAAACAUCGAUAAACGAGAAUAACAUCAAAGGACUGAUAAAACUGAUAUACAACGGCAAACCAAUAAAGUUCACCCGAAUGGAAGAUGACGAAGAGAAGAAAAAAACGCUCGCCAAUUCAGAACUUGACGGCGAAACGCAAAAACUCGAAACGGAUCUGCUUCAAGAUGAAAAUGGCAACAUACUAGACACUUACCUAGACCAAGCCAUAAACAAAUAUCUGACUAAAUAUCCGAAGCUUGAGAAGAAGUUCAAAAAUAAACGGCUGAAACGGAACGUCAAAGUGCGACCUAGGAAUGUCAGUGAUAAUGAUAGUCCUAGGAGUAUUGUCACCACUGACAAGCCAAAACACAAGAAGAACGAAGAAGAAGAGCUUUAUGUCGAAAUCGAAACUCACUUCGACGGCAAAGGCAUUAAAGGUGAGAAAAAAAAGAAACUCGUCAAGGAUUUGGUUGAGAAAAUACAAAAAGCUAUACAUUCUGAUUUAGAUUCACUACAAGAAAUCGCUAAACACGCUCGUUUAAAACACAGAAAGGGAAAACGCGGAAACAACAUGAUGCACAUCAAGAAACGAUUACAAAACCCCUUCGAGAUAAGAGAAGAAAAUCUGCUCAAGAACAAGAUUAUAAUUCCUUUCAACAGAGUAGUACAUAGAGAUUCACAUCCUAUAAGCAAAGCUGUCCAACUAUCCGAGCCUAUGCCUAAAGUGUACGAUAAAUUUGGAGAGAAUUGGAAAAAGACGUACCAAGGAUCAACCUUUCUAUCGAACACAAAAGCUAUUAACUCUGGUGAGUUCGGCCUCGUCGAUUUAGAUUACAGUAAAGUUCUAGGUGAUUCUGGGAUACCACAGAGAUUGCAACAGCCUUUGAACACUGAUAAUGUGGAACAGACGGCUGAACCAGACGAUAGCUACUUCAAUCUUGGCGAUUUGAAGUUUUACAUAAAAGACAUAGAUGGCACUGGUUUCUCUAUAGGUUUCAAUCAAUACGUAGGUGAAGCGCCCGACCCAGAAAGUAUAAAAUUAUUCACAGGCCUACAGCAGUUGAUCAAAACUUACCAUCAGAAUUACGACGAGACUGGUAGUGGGAAUGAAGCUAAUAACACAGAGACUGGUAAAUCCACAGAUGCGUCACAUGAGAUGAGGAAACGUGACGUAAGCAGAGCGAAGAGACCAGAUUACCAUUCUAAUGAGUACAAAAUCGUGUUCGACAACCAUUACUUACCUUACGACACGUAUUCCGAAAUAUUCGAAGAUAAAAACAAGAAAGUGACUCUAUCCCUGGAGAGACAGAACAAGGUAACGAACGUCCAAACGCUUUUGGAUUCAAGAAUAAAGAGUAGCAAACGACAAGAACUAUUGCCAUUCAUAAUUGACGAUAACAUAUUCAAAAAACAGCUGAAGCCAUCGGAAAUAUUCGGUUUGGCAAAUCUAUUGGAUAGGAAGAAGCGAUCACCAAAAGUAACCGUAAAGAAAUAUUCGAACUUAAAAACCCGUUCGAGAUCAAAACUCAAUAGAUUCCUAAACACGAAUAGAAUGAACAAACGACUCAUUAUGAGUAAGAAUAAAAGAAGCAAAAGACAGAUAGAUAAAAUAAGGAUUAUUGCUACUGACAAUAUGCCUCAUUUACAAAGGCAUUCGGACGAAAACAUCUUCGUUAUGUCUGAUGAGAAUGUGUUUGCUGAUCGAGCAGUUGUAAGAGAGGUAGAAUUACCCGAUCCAGAAGACCAGGAAGAACAUGUACCUAUAGAAUACUUGAACCCGCAUCGUAUAUACGACCAUAGCACACAAUCCUUCAAGUUUGGUUCCCAGCCAUCUUACACAGACUUUUUUAGCGCCAGAUCAAGACACAAUGCUCUUAUGUCCAAAUACCCUCAUCUUUUUCUAGAAGAAAUAUCCCGUUCUAAAGAAGAAGAGAGCCCUUUCUUCUACACCAAAUUAAUGGGGAACUUCGCUGAAUUCAAAAAUUUGGAUACCACAGCAUCGCCUUUUGUGAACAACCCCGUUGUAUUACCAACUCAACAAGCGACAGGCGACAUGAAUCUUCCAUCAGGCUCAAAACCAAAUUACAAAUUGACAGUCAAAAUCGUACCUAAAAACAGCUCGGAUAUCGACUCAGGUUUUAAGGAAAUCUACACUAGCAUCAACAAGAGUAUCAAUAGAAAUGGUCUUCUAUAUUCUUCUCAAGUCAACGUUUCAGAGGUAUCUAAAGUUGAAAAUAUAGAUCAGAAAAACAAACAAGAGAAAGCGAGUCACCCGCCACAACCAGAUCUGCGCUACGUACCGAUGGAAACCAAGCAGGAAAUCAAACAAGAACCUAAACAAGAACUGAAACCGGAGUCUAAACCUGUCUACCAACCUCCUCCCCUCCCGUACAACCCUUGCAACAACAGUCCCCCUGUAAACUUGGCCAAUGUUGGCGUUCCUAUGCCUGUCCCUGCUACGGGAGACAAAACCGAGUCUUCAACUUCAUACUUCCCGCUUGUGAAACACAUAAGAGAACAACAGGAAAAGAUGAAACAACUCCUAAAACAGCACAGAAAACGGAUAGACGAUCAGCUUGACACUUUAAAGAGAGAGAAGCAGAACAUAGAGAGCAUAAUAGUGCCAAAUGAGAAAGAAAAGAAGACUGAUAUAAUCGAUGUAAUGUUACCGUUGAAUCCUCCGCAAAUGCUGCAUUUAAACAAAGCUGAAGCUGGUCAGCUAAUAACAUCAGCAUUGAUGAAGCUCCACGAUGCUCCGCAGUUGAACGACAUAUCUCUCAACGGCAUACCGUUAAACGCCAGCAGUUCAUUAAUGGAGUCCAUAACAACAAAACUCACAACCUUAGCAACGACAACAACUGAAAAACCAAAAAUGGAUAUGGAAAAGCAGAAGAUUUUAAAGACGAUACAGAAGAAUGAGAACUUAACGAACAUAAUCUUGUACAAGAUAGACAAAAACACAAACCUGCUGCAGUUGUUUUUGGAAAAGCUAUCAGAUAAACUGUUGCCAGUAACGCCUAAACAGGAAUACACUUAUAUCCCACCGGAGGCAAAACCGAGAACAAACGACUUUAACCAUUUAAAAGAGUGGAAGGAAUCAUACGAACCGUUCUUUAGUAAAACGAUGCCGAAUUUAGAAGUACGCAAGAACGAUACUCACGUGUCUAUACCAUUCGUUUACGCAUAUCAACAGCCUUUCCCGUUGCCUAAUAAGCCGAAUUCACCUGUGGCUAGUGUAGUUUACCAAGGGCACAUUCACACUAAUACUAAUUACAACAACAAUGCCAAAAGGCCAGGCGACUACGCUAUCACUAGAGACGAAAAAACAAGAAAAACUGGACCUACUAUCAAGAGGGAAGUCAACGUAAGCAGAUUUUUCGUUGAUAAUAUACAAAAUGAUUAUAAAGUAUCUCCUAUAGAUGUUAAAAAGGCGUACGAUAAUAAUAUGGCCAGAACCAGGUACAAUUUGACUAAAACUUAUACGUAA